CCUUCCUCCGUGGCGUGGGCUCUCGCAGGCAGCCGGCAGCCCGGGGCAUCAAAGGUUGGGAAGGGCUCCAUUCCUCGCUUUGAUUCUCCCCCUCUCACCCCGCCUUUUUGCUUCUUCUUUCUCUCUCUCCUUUUUUUCCUUUUUUUUUUUUUUUUUUUUUUUUUUUUUUAAGCCGGGGGAGGGAGAAGAGCGCGGCCACGUCCCACCCCUCCCUUCCUGCAAAUCCCCGCUCGCACUGCAAACAAUCUGCCUUCCCCAUUGCAUCCAAGGGAGAUAGCAACAGCAACAUCAUCACGGAAAGCCGGAUGGGAGAGCGGAGAGGAGGCUGCUGCUGAGGGAGGAAGGCACACACGCACACACCAGGUCGAUGUUGCCAAAGCGGUAGGAACCGCACGGAAAAUAAGCCAUGCUGCCCCAUGUGUCUGGCGCAUUGUGCUCCAUCCGAGCCUUUUAGGAGGAAGAAGAGAAUUAUCUGCUCGGAUUUUUUUCCCUGCCAGCGAGAGUGCGACAGACUUGCGAUGGUUGAAUGUCAAUGCCUGUGAGAGAGAGCAACAGUCAGAGCAGGAGGAGGACAGAAGGGGAGGAAAAUGAAGGUGGGGACGGUGGUGGAGAGAAAGAAGGAGCCUCGUCCAAUGCAUCAAAAGGAGGUCCCUGCAAUUGCUGAUAGAGCCCUGACCGCCUCGCCAUCCACAAUGGUCUGUACAAGCUGCCAGUGCGUUUGAUGACGUUCCUGUUUUGUGAAAGGAGGAAAGGAAACGUGACCAUGUAAGAUCCACGUUUCCCCGGUCAAUUACAUGCGAAGAAUAGAUCCGAUUUCGACGUGGGUUUUUGGUCCAGGAUGGUAACAGCUUAGGGAAUAAUAUAGCCGCCUUCCCUCAUCAAUUUCGCUCUAUUUUUUUUUUUUUUUUGUGUGGUCCAGACAGCUGCUGGAAUAGAGAAGGUCAGAAUAUAUAAAUAUAUAUAAAAUAUAUAUGAUAUAUAUAUUAUAUAUAUAUAAAUAUAUUUGUCUCAGUACAUCUGGGAUUAAGCUCGUUGAAUGCUAAUCAUUUCUUUCCGGACUUUUAAUAUUUACAAUGAAAUCUUUUACAGGCAACGGUAAAAUCUGAAGCCACCUGGGAGUACAGUGUUGAAAACGUAGGGUGUUUUCCCACAAACAAUGUGAAGGUCUUUUUUGUCAAAGAGGCAAUUUUGAUAAUAACAACAGCUACCAGUUUUGCAUUUUGAUAGCCAGACCAGCUGCUAUUUUGUCUGGAUGCACACCGGGAUUCUUGUGAUCGGGUUUUACUUUUUAAUUGAAAAAAAAAAUUAUUAUAAAAUAGAAGAAAAAGAAAAAUUACUUGAGAUGCCAAAUACUGUCGAGAGAACCAUAUUCUCCCUCCUCUCCACACCCACCGGAGACGUGGACCCUUCGUUUUUACAGGCUUAGGAGUUGCGAGAGCUGAUCGGGGGCUUUCUCCCGAGCCCGCCGCCUGCGCCCCUGGACCCUCGGGCGUGGGAGAUUUAUUUCCUCCUCCCGCUGAUUUCUAAGCAAACUUGUGGAGGGGGGGAAAGGAUCCCCCGGCAGCACAGAGUCGGGUUUUUUUUUCUGGUGUGGAUUUUUUUUCAAUUGCCGUCCCCGCCGGGUUGCAGCGGGCUGCCGGGGACUUGGCCCCCUCGCCCUCCGGCUCUGCUUUUGUGCGUUCCCCGGCGGCCAGCGCAGCCCUCCCGGCACUGCGGCCGCCGCGGAGCCCCCCCGGCCGCGGGGCGCCCGGCUCCUGCCCUUUUCUUUCCCCCCGUGCCCGCCUGCCAAGGAAAGGCACAUGUUAAUACCACCCGGCGCGGGCAUUUUCUGCUACUGCUGCUGCGGGCUCCUCCGUCCGAGACAGAUGUUGCGAAACCAAGGCCUCCUCAAGUGCCGCUGCCGCAUGCUCUUCAAUGACCUGAAGGUCUUCCUGCUGCGGAGACCCCCCGCGCCGCCGCCGCCCUCCCCGCCGCCGCCGCUCCCCAUGCCCGGCGGCGCAGAGGCGGCGGCGGGGGCCGCACCGCCCGGGGGGCGCGGGCCCGGCUGGCGGGCGGCGGGCGGCGGCGGCGGCGGCGCGGGCAGCCCGGCUGCCGAGGAGUGGGGCAGCCCCGCCGGGGAGCCGCCCGCCUCCCUGCCCAGCAGCACCUCCUCGGAUGACUUCGGCAAGGGCAAGGCCGAGGACCGCUACUCGCUGGGCAGCAGCGUCGACAGCGGCAUCCGCACCCCGCUCUGCAGGAUCUGCUUCCAGGGGCCCGAGCAGGGGGAGUUGCUGAGCCCGUGUCGAUGUGAUGGAUCUGUGAAGUGCACGCACCAGCCAUGUCUGAUCAAAUGGAUUAGCGAGAGAGGCUGCUGGAGCUGUGAGCUGUGUUACUACAAGUAUCACGUCAUUGCCAUAAGCACAAAGAACCCUCUGCAGUGGCAGGCCAUCUCUCUGACAGUCAUUGAGAAGGUUCAGAUAGCAGCGGCCAUCCUGGGUUCCCUCUUCCUCAUCGCCAGUAUCUCGUGGCUCAUCUGGUCGACUUUCAGUCCUUCAGCCAAGUGGCAGCGCCAGGACCUGCUCUUCCAGAUCUGCUAUGGAAUGUACGGCUUCAUGGACAUUGUCUGUAUAGGUCUAAUAAUACACGAAGGGCCCUCGGUUUACCGGAUUUUUAAACGGUGGCAGGCGGUCAAUCAGCAGUGGAAAGUGCUGAACUAUGACAAAACAAAGGACAUGGAGGAGCAAAAAACAGGGACCAGGACAAAUCAGCGCCCCUCCUCCCAAACCACCCACUCGUCCUCCGCUGGUGGUACAGCCACUAACUCCGCUCCAGCCGACAGCGGGGCACGGGCUGCCGGCCAUGCCACAGGCACCCUCUCUGACCACCACUGUGCUUAUACCAUCCUGCAUAUACUCAGCCACCUGAGGCCUCACGAACAGAGGAGUCAGUCUAGUAGUAACAGAGAGCUCGUCAUGAGAGUCACGACGGUCUGAGCCGAGGAAUUCAGGAGGCCUUAACACGAAGCGGAGGAGACAAAGAACUCAUAAAGCAGAGGAGCAUGGUGUGCCUUUUUCUUUCUCUUUCCUUUUCUUUUUUCUUUUUUUUUUCUUCUCUCCUUUUCUUUUUUCAGUAACUGCACAAGAUAUAAGAGGCGGCACCUGGCCAGCUGAGGAAAAAAAGCAGGUGGAGGGAGAGCUGCACACUCAUGCUAAAGAGGUUAAUGUUUUCCAGCCUGUUUAAAAAAAAAAAGAAAAAAAAAAAGAAAAAAAAUAACAACACAAAUCACAAAAAAACCAACAAAACAAGUGCAAUACAGACUACAAACUGAGUAGGCAGAGUUCUGGGGAAGCAGAGGAACAGACAGUUUAGCAUGUCUUACAAAUCCUAUUACCUGGAAUAGGUAACGCUCUGUGCACACCCCCCGUACACACACGCACGCGCACACAAACACACACGUAGUGUGAGAUUUAUGAAAACGUGGAAGGGAACGAAAUAUUUGGAGUGGUUUUAUUUUCCAGACUCCGAUUAACCAGGGCUAUGAGUUGUUUUGUUUCAUGAGUCACUGGAGCCUUGUUUGAUUUACCAUGGGGUAUCUGAAGUGAAAUGGCUGGGGAUUUUUCAGUAUUGAUUUACAGAAGAGAGAUUGAAUCAUCUCACUAAGAAAAUCUUAACAAAAUCCAGGCAUACCCAAAUUUCACCAAAAAGCCUGUUUUUUUCAUAAUGUUCCUGACAAGGGGUUUGUGAGGGUAGAACUGGGAGGGGGGAGGGCGCUCCAUGACCUUUAUUCGACGUAUAGGCAUUUUUGGCAAAUUUUGUACAAACGUUUCGCAGGUGUUUCAAGCACAAGUACUGGUGUGAUUCAUGCCUUCGUAACCCCAAAUCCAGCAUCUAAACCUUGCCACCCACACACAUCAUUUUCCAUGCAGACAUUCCAGGUUAAUUUCCUUCCAUUCUACUCCAAUCACAAGAAGCUGACCCAUCUUUGGUGGGUUUCUGCUCCCUUGCUGAUUCAGACACUCAUGCAUUUAGAGAUGUACUUUUUUGUUUUGGUGUCUGUAUCCCUGCUGCUCAAUUUGCAACAGUCUCACUCAGUCUUGUAGGCUGAUCCUUUCACAUCCAGUCUGUUAGUUUAUUACAGAGUCUAUUCCAUUCAAUCAUCCAAAAGAGAGUUAGUCUGAAGAGGGAGCACAGUUGCUGACUGACUGUGUAGCACUUCUAAUAAGCCUCCUUCUCUGGGAUAUAUCCUCGAAGGUAUCGGUUGCUCUUCAGGAACAUUCUCUUUCAAUGCACAAUGGCUGAAUCAUUUGUGGAUAUUAAAGGGACACUGUCAAGUACUUUUUAAAUAGUUUUUAGGGUUUGGGCUUUUUUUACUCUCCAUUGUUUGUAAUAUUCUCUUACAAGCUUGAAAAUAAAAUUUCUUUCCCUACCGAUUUUGUCCUUUUCCAUUUGGGCACGUAUGGUUCUCUCCACUCACCCCAUUCCUUUCACCAUCCCUGUCCUUCUCCUCCCCACCUUUCUUCUGCGACAGAAGGAAAUCCAUAUUUCUGAUUUCCUGCUGACUGUCCUCAUUCUAUGGAGGGUAUGUCCCAACUCUACGGGGUUGAGUUAUUUUGCAGCUGCCACAAAGGAAGCAUAAGAGCAGGAACCCUAAAAAUAUGGAGGUUAGCUAAUUGAGGAGCAAAAGCUCAGCUAUCCCAAAACAAUGACCCCAUAGUGAUCAAGCCUGAACCCAGCUCCCCCCAAAAUCAAGAUAAGGACUUCAGCCAAACUGCAUCCAUUUAGCAGCAGUGCCAAGCAACGUUGCACAAUGGCUGAAUGCAGCUGCCCUCCAUCAUCAUACCAGCACUUCUCACAGCUUCUGUGGAGACAGGGAAAAUGUGGGCUACCAGCUCCUAUGGCAGCCAGGCUGUCACAGGUCAGGUGUUUCUGGACCGGAGAAGGUGUCAGACUUCAGCUUCUGUGUUUGAACAUGGCAGCCAUUCUGCAACGUUUAAGAUGCAGGUUAGCAGCUUAAGGCAAGGUCAUGUUUUUCACCUUGAUUACUUGACAGUGUCCCUUUAAAUAUCAGAAUGCAACAGAACAGGUACUUCUCUGGCAGAGAAUGUGGGAGGUGAAACACCGUCCAAGAAAGUCAACUUGCUGAGGACCAAUGUGAAACAGCAUGGUUUCUGAGGCCACUGUACCUUUAUCUGACCAGAUUUACUAUCUACCAAAGAGUGCUUUUGGCAGAGGGGAGAAAAGAGAUGGUGGUGGGCAGAGGGAGAGGGAAGGGGCAGUUCCAGUCAUCUCUGAAAGUAGCUACCCCCAGAAGGAAGGUGUUACAAUGAGUGAUCUCUGGAAGAACUGCUUCAGUGGAGAGAAACCUGGCCAAAGUGAGCAAUCACAGCAGCCUCUCACCCCUAUGCCUGUUCUGGAAGCUGUCCUCAUUCCAAGAGAUGAGUAAUAAUAGUGUUUUUGGGGAGGGGGAAGCAUACACAGAUGAAGGGACAGCUGUCACCCAUGAUGUCGUUUCCCUCCCUGCCCUCCACUCAUUUAAAAUGGAGAAGUCAAAUUCCUUUAAUUUGGCUAACAUAAAAUUUUAUGAGGUCAGAAGCACAACUUGCUGUGGAAGAGUGGUGUACUCUGAGCACACAGGACUCUGCAUACUCUCACUCCAGCUCUGCCACUGACUCUGUAGCCUUGGGCUGUUUGGCUCAGUCCCGCCUCCACGCAAAGGGGGAAUAACAAUACGUACCUACCUCACAGGGGUGUUGUGAGAAUCCACGUUGGUAAAGCCUGUUGAAGUGCUAAGUCUACCACCGGUAGCCACGAAGUGUGUGGUGGGGGUGAGCAGCGCUGCCCUUUUGCUGGUUGCAGUCUGAAUCACAGCGGGAGUUCCAUCGGCCUUCUCCUGCUUGGAGACCCUCCUUGAUCUGAAGCGGAGGCUGUCGUCCGAGUGCCCUGUCCUCCAUUGCAUGACAUUUUAAGCGGCUGUGAGGUGCAGGGUAGUGACAGACAUGAAGUCCUACUUGACCAGGGAUUUGCUACAACGUUUUCUAUAUCUGUGGGGUUUGUUGGUUUGUUUUUUCCAUAUAUUGUGCUUAGAAAUAAACUUUCCACUUAGGGCUGGCGGUUUGGGGUCUAUUCUGUUGCAUGGCAAUGUAUACAAGUCUUAUUGUCUGUCUUACUGUGCAAAUGAUCCCGCAGCCCAGUUUCAGAGAUGGGCAUGGUCUGAGCCUUUUCACAGUGGCGUAAGACUCAAAAGCCUGUCUAGACUGUUUAAUAUUUAAACAACACUAUGAACUUGUCAAUUGUAUGUGUUCUGUGCAAUACGAAGCAUGUCAUUAGCUGGCUUGAUGGGCAGAGGGGCUAAAGGAAGGUCAAAACUUGUUCAAAGAGCUUCAUACAUGUGCCAGCAUGGAGCCAAAGGGCUGCCACCAGCAAAGCAAACUCGGGGAAGCCAUUGGAAACUGUUUUCAGAGCAGUUUAUUCCAGAACAAGGUACUUCUGAGUUUACAAACUUCUAGGCUGCCAGCCUGAGAGAACAAGUGCAAAUUUAGUGUGGGGGUUGGGGUUUUGAAUUCCCUUUUUCUUUCCUCCCCAACGUUUUGAUGGCAGAAAUACUGACGAGGAUCUCUUCCUUCCAUAGCACAGUUCUCUCAUCUCCCACAAUCUCCUUGUGCCGUCCCCUUUGUGCUACUAUGCAGGACUUUCAAAGGUGCAAAUGGAGACAGUACGCUCCCGAGACAUGAAAAAUAAGUUCUGUACUGGUGAUUCUAGCAGAUAGAAGAGAUGGGGCAGAGCCAUGCUACAGAGGCAUCUCUUCUUCCCCAUGUCUUUCUUCUGGUCAUGUCUGCUAGGUCCCUGAAGAGACGUUCUCUGUACUGUGUUACAAAGCUGUCAGAUCACCUUCCACUGACAAACAAAGCUUGCAGAGUUUGGCAGCUGUUUCUCCCAGUGGAGAAAAUUCUGGGUCCUAUCACUGUGGAGACCCCUCAGUUCUUGGGCUUUGUGGUCCUCCAGCAUUGUUUGGGGGUGGUCAGUGUGGAGGACUGUGUUCAGCCAUCAUCGGAAAUCGUGUGUGUAUGGUCCUGCUCAAUCUUGUGAUUUCUGCCAGUUCCCUGAUUUUCUGUCAGCUUUGACAGGUCUUUCUGGUAAUGCUUUUCUGGUUAUGCUCUUCAGAGGUGUUUUGCUCUGUGUCAGUUGCCAAUGCUAUUCUUGCCUACCAAAACAUCAGUGCUGGCCUCCAGCUUCCACAGCUCUUCCAUUCUUGCCAUCCCGUUUCUUGGUAAAUACUCACUGCCAAGUUCAAACCCUCUUCCUCUGUGCCUGCAAGGGGUCAAGCACAUGCUCUAACCCAAGGGUCAUCAGAGAACACAGGGACUAUUAAGAGUCUUUAUCAAUAAGCCAAACUCUAUAACUCUCAGUCUUUGAUAUAUAUUUACUUUGCCAAUCUCAGUGCCUGCUGUUAAUUGGUUGCUACAAACAAACCACUAAUGCUGGCAAAACCCAUAAACCCAGAUAACACUUGAUUUCCAGUUUAAAAUGUAAGAAAUUAUUGGCUGUUUUUCAACCAAAUUGGGUGUGUUCCCUGUUGUGGUUUCCCAAGCAAGAUGAUGAAGAGGUCCUUGUUUUACCUUACUAUGAUGAAAUGGUCAACCCAAGGAAAGAGGAACUCAGCAGCCUUAGAUUUGAGUCAAGAGAAGUGUCGGCUGUCCUGUUUUCACUCAGGGAGACAGGAAAAUACUACUCAUGCCUGCUAGGUCCCUGGCCCUUCUCAAAGCCCUUGAUCUGGCAGCAGUAAAACACCAGAGCCAAUGGCUGUAGCUGGAGGACAGUUCUGAAGGCUUUCCAGUUUUGAAGACCAUCCUCUGUCCACAAGUGGUGGUCAGUCAUUCAAGCAUCCUCUCUUUGCUUUCCUUGAGAGAAAAAGAUUGUUUUGACUUAGCAAACCACUACUGCUCUUCAGUGUAGGAUGAGGCUGCACCAUUAGUACCUCCAACCUGUGGUUCAUCCACCAGGAUUCCUGUGCAUCUCCUUGUGAGAAUGCAUGGUCAGAAGACCUAUUCCUUCCUUUUAACUCUUUUAUGUUGGUCAAGCACUUGGAGGAGAACAGUCAGCAGUGCAAUUGCCUUAGUGACUACUGGCUGAGUAUCCUGAUCUCGCCUCCACUGUCACCUCCCCUGUGACUGCUCCUUCUCAUUCUUGAGGCAACAGAUGCCUCAUCCCCUCUGCCAUCCCUCGACUCUGGCCCUGAAGAUCUCCUGAGCAGACAGAGAAUUCCUCCCAGACUAGUUUUUAAGUCUUCUACAUCCUUCAUGUUUCCAGACAGGCAAAUUCAUUCCACUGAUAAACAAUGACAUUCGAAUCCUGAGGGGACAAGCAAGUGUAGGAGCCUGUUGCAUUGACCUUCACCAUUUCUUACAUAUUGAAGGAAAUAUGGUGAAAACACCAAUUGGUUUCCUCCAUUUGGCAGCAAUGGACCAGUGGCUCUAGGAAUAUUUCCCUCAAUAUUGCAAGUCUGACAUGCAGCAGUUACUGCAGGUAGUCUUUGAUCUCACAUCUAUCAUGUUGGAUGCAAGGAGAGCAGAAUGUGAUGGUUCUGUGCUGUUUACACAAACAUCUAACACUAUCUUAGUUCAUUAUUCAAAUUACCUCCAGGUCAGUGGGUGAAUUUCUCCUUUGAUGAAAGAAUGAUGUUUUUUUCUUCCAGAAAUGGAAUUGCAAGAUAAAAUAUAUGUAAACAUACACAUAUAUAUUUAUAAAUGUUAUCCUGAAAACAUAGAGAAAAAAACCUAAAUAAACCUGAAAGAAUACUUGAUUUUUUAAUAAGUCUUGACAGGAGCUAGGGAGUUGCUGUGUGGAAAAUGCGACUUAGGGUUUUACUUCAGGCAAAGAGAAGACAGAAGAGGGAAAUGCUUUUAUGCUACUUUCGGGCUAUCUUUGGUUCACACUCAUUAUUGUGUAGCAUUUAAUUAAGACAGAAGUAUGUGGAAAGCAGACACUCAGCUCCAGCAGCAGGAAACAGACUAAAGACCCCUCAAACUUACCUGAGCCAUACUCAAACAAGCACAAUGAUGCAAAAGCACAAACACCUGCCAUCACAACUGUUUGAAAAGAGAUGGAUUUCUGAAUGGGACAAGAACCCAGACAGAAAUUCUUUUCCAAGCCACAUUGUCAGUAUUUUUCCCAUAUUUCUUAUUUUGAAAAGGAAGAAAAAAAGAAAAAAAGGAGGGUUCUGAUACCCAAGUCUUAAAGAAGUAAGUAACAGUAGAGAAGAGGUACUAAGGGAAGAUGCUCCUUUAUAUGUUAUGUUAUGCAUCAAGAUGUGCUUUGCCAAACAGAAUUAGGACAUCACAUUCAGUUCCCUGAUUGCUCAAAGAAAGUCUCAGUGACUGAGUCUGCUCAAGGAGACUUCCUAGAGUGUAGCCUUCUCCAGAGCACCAGAACUCCCUUCUGGAUGGGAUAGCUGGCAUCAGGCUGUUUGCCUCCAGCUGCACUCCUCUGUGGCAGGAUCACCACCUGUUGUUAGCAAGUCACUGUUGGGCAACUUUGAUCAGCUGAUAUAGGUUAUGAUAUUAAUAAUCACAAAAAUGGCACAUGCCCAUCAUGGCCCUGCAAGUGACCUGUCUCACCCUUUCACAGCUCAAGUUGGUGAGAGAGCUACUCUGCUCUUUGGCCUUCAUCACAGGACAGCUUUUCUUUAAAAUCCAGCCUGUCACACUUCUCUGGGAGUUUUUCUACUACACUUUACAGAGGUUCUUUUUCCUAUAAGGAUGAACAGACUUCUAACUAACCCACCUGAUCUUAUUUUCCAGCUAGAGAGACAAAAAUCAAUGUUCUCUGACCAGCUGAUCUUAGUACCUGUGCUCUUAAAAGAUUAUAUUUCCCCUCCCCUUUCACUCACUGCUCCAUAAUCUUCUCUUUCCUUUGGAAAGGGGUGAUUCAUUGCUACCAAAUGGUAGAACAUCUCUCUGAGAUGGGACAGCCCUUCUACUCCUUGAUAAUAGGCACACAAACCUUCCUCCCAUCCCUCUAGACUGAUGUGGCCAGCAGAAGCCUUUUUCAUGGAGUUUCGCUUCUUGAUCCAGAAGAGCAACUGCUUUCAAGCAUCUCCUUCACUGCUGUCAAGCUGUGGGAUAAUGGCAUGGGGAAUCCUUUGUUUCUUAGCCUCAGGGUAACUACAGUGGAUGAUGUACCUGAGCCAAAAACACGGUGAGGACAAAGCACUUGUGUUUUAGAUGGUGGUAAACCUGGGUGAAGCUUGCUCUGAUGACAGGAGAGCAAGAAUCUUUGUCAGCUUUAUACAGUAGCAAAUAAAAAUGGCCUUGUUCCCUUGUGUUUUUAGCUCAUAUACAUCAGCUCUCCAUUAUAAACAAACCCUUUUGUAGGCAAUGCAGGCCAGGCCUGGGGAGGAAAUCUUCCUCUUUCCAGAAGCACAACCAGCCCAUAGCUAUGCAUCAACCCCUUCAGGACUUUUGCCCGUGAGAGGCUGAGCGCAAGAAUGGAGGUAGCUAGCAGGGAUGGCAAGAACACGUCCCUGGAUCUUCAUCCCCAGUGGGCAAAUUUUGCAUUUCUACAUGUGAGUCCCCUUUGAAAUCACUCCUAAGGCCUCCUUCACUACUACAGGGUCUGCCCAGGAGAGGAAGCAGUGUCUCUGCAUGGAUCCCUCAGGUCUGUUGCUGAGGUCCUCAUUCAGGCCUGCAAGAAUCACUAUGUUCACUGAAGGUUGAGAUGAGUCAGUGAUGUGUCCAUGCAGAAAUACUCUCUUUGAGACUGCUACAGAGAUGUCUGUGGGGUUGGGAGGGAGGGGGUGGUUUUCUCCAGGGCAGGAAGCACGGGGAAGGGAAGGCUGCAAUGUAAGAAAAAAUCAGCCACAAGGGAGGGGUUGACUAAGAGGAAUGACCAUGUCGACUGUGUUACUGUCCCGUCAUUCUCCUGAACCCAGAACGGAAACUUCCAAGUGCUCUUCAUGAGCUUACGUUUAUUAGAAAACUAUUCCUGGGUGUUCAAGAUUGUUUUCUAAUGAAAAUAUACAUAAUAAAAAAAUAAAAUUCA